GGCGGACCUUAGAGAGCCUCUUCUUGCCCAGCGCUGAAAUGCAGCCCGUAUUCAUUCAAGUCCCCACAACAAGCAGUGGAAGAGCAGGAGCCAUCGCCGCGCGCCACCAGGACCAAGUUGACAGCGGCGACAUCAUGCCCAGUUCUCUGGGGCGAGUGUGUGGCGGUGAGCGCGGCUCCCUCGGACGAGGACACUGACGCCCGUUCCAGUGCCCAGCCCAGGAGGAGCCCGGAGGCACCAGGGGGGGGGAGCAGAGGGCAGCUUCGCCAUGACCCAGCCCCGUUUCCAGGGCAGCUCGCCGGCCGCCACAAGCGCCCUGCCUCCGUCCAGCGAACGCCGGCUCCUUCGGCAUCCUCAGAGCUGAGGCGACCGGAGCGCCGCACCGGGAAUGAAUAGCCGGGGGAAGGCGUCCUGACCGCCGGAGAGGAUUACACGCGCGCGAGCGAAGAAGAGAACUAUAGCAUAAAGAGAAGUUUAAUUAAAAAAAAAAAGAAAAAAAAAGUUGAGAAGGAACUGAGUGUGAGAGAAGAGAAGCCUCGCGCCAUGGGUAUUCGCCACCUCCUGCUUCUCCUCAUGUGCUUGUACUGCGACCCCGCGAGCGUGCAGUGCGCCUCCACGGACAAGAAGGUGAGGAACGCGCCCAAGCGGCCGCAGAAGGCGCGCGAGCUGAACGCCACGAGCACCGCUGUGCCGCCGGCGGCCACGCGGCGCACCGCGCAAAUCCGGCCGCCGUCCGCGGGCGGCCACGAGACGUGCCUGGGCUACUACGACGUGAGCGGCCAGUUCGACAAGGAGUUCGAGUGCAACAACACGGACCACCGGUACUGCUGCGGCAGCUGCUUCCUGCGCUUCUGCUGCCAGUUCAAGGGCAACCGGCUCGACCAGAGAACGUGCACGAACGACAAGUCGCCGCCGAACUGGGUGAAAACGCUGCCCCCGUCGCCCGUGCCCACGGGGGACACGUACGACCCGAGCAUGGACCAGACCAACACCACGGUGUACAUCACGUGCGGCGUGAUCGCCUUCGUCAUCGUGCUCGGAGUCUCUGUGAAAGUUGCCUACGACAAGUCAACGCAGCCGCCUCAGGAAAUGAACAUUCACAGAGCCCUUGCUGACAUUUUAAGGCAACAAGGACCCAUUCCAAUAUCUCAGUAUGAGCGUGAAAACAUUGCAGCAAUGGACACGUCACCCAAAGAAAACACGCCUGUUCGAACUUCUUCCAAAAACCACUACACACCGGUUCAUACUUCAAAGUCUAACCAUGGAGGACACUACGGAAAAGAGAACAUCCGCAGCGGAGGCCAUGACCUCCACAACUUCAUCUCCUCCGGGUUUGUGACGCUGGGACGAGGGAACCUUAAAGGAGACCAUCAUUGGCCGGUGCGGGCGCAGAGUCAUUAUGGUAACCACCAACACAACUAUAAUCACCUGGUUUUUUCUAGUCCAACCCGUACACCUAAAAAUGAGAGCACUCGGAUGAACAGCAUCCUUACCUCACAGACGGAGCCGUACGAUCUCUCCUUCUCCCGCUCCUUCCAGAGUCUGUCCCACCUGCCCCCCUCCUACGAGUCAGCAGUGAAAUCAGACCUAAGUAAAUACUCCUCUCUCAAGAGACUCACUGACAAAGACGUGGACGAGUACUAUUCACGCAAGAGGCAUUUGCCGGACCUGGCGGCUCGCGGCACGUUGCCUCUGCACGUGAUCAAGAUGAACCAGGAGCAGCCGGCCCCAUCGCAGCGCCAGCGACCUCGUCGCGUCCAGCGCGCCAUGUCGCAGGACCGAGUGCUGUCCCCAGAGCGGGGCCCGGUGCCCGAGUACGAGACUUCCCCGUACAACGUGUCCCCCUACGGCGGCCGGAUCCUUUCCGACGAGCAGCUGCUGUCGGCCGAGCGCCUGCAGUCCCAGGACCCACUGCUGUCCCCCGACAAAAUGAUGUCACUGAAGCGCUCCAGCUUCCAUGACAAGUCCAUGUCACGGGCCCUGUCCCACACUGAUGUGUUCGUGCCCACCACGCCAGUUAUGGACCGCUACAAGAUGACAAAAAUGCACUCCCAUCCCAGUGCCUCAAACAAUGCGCAAAACACUUUAAGUAUGAACCAGACUGCCUCAAAGAGGCAGGCGUUUGCCUCCAGACGGACACACACGGUGGAGCAGCUGCACUACAUCCCAGGACACCCCCACCACUACCGCACAGCAAGCAAGACCGAAGUAACUGUCUAAGCCCAGGGACUCUCACAUCAGACCACAGCAGAACCGCAGCAGUGAUGGUAACGGCAAAUGAAGAUGGGAUCAUCGGCGGAUCAGAGCAGUCCCAACAAAUUGUCAUUUUGAGGUACUGGCCACGAUAGGGUGAGAUGAUUUUAAGUAUAUCAACAACAACAAAAUUGUAUUUGUUUUCAGCACCAGCUUUCCAAAUCACCCAGUGUUGCAGUCCUGAUUUU